AAAAACAACUUUAUCAUGAUGAUGUCCUGUUAUGGAUCUGGUGUAAAGUCAACUAAUUGAAGUCCCAGGAAAUGCCAACGUCAGUCUCUAGAACUGUGGCCAUAGCCGCCGCUGCCGCUGCCGUAUUGGCCACCAGCGUGGAUAAUAGCUCGGUGUAUGCGUCCCCAGCCACGUCGUCUGUUUCUGCCACGAACGUGCUCUAUCAAUGGAGUGCCACAGCUGGAGCACGUCUAGCCCAGUCGCCGAGCAUCUCAACAGUGCCCACUUCAGUAAUGUCCCAACCGCAUCCAGCAUCCACAUUAUCUGUAGCAACAGGAGGUGCCCCAUCACGAGGUGGGGCAAUUGGUUUGGGAGUUGGUGGAUUGUUGCAUCACUUGCCCAGCGCCUCUGCAGCACCUCGCCUGCCCCAGCAAAUUGCAAAUGAUUCACAGUUCCUUCUACUGGACUAUGCCACAUCUGGGCUGAUCAAUAAUGAUUCUAGCCUGGAUUAUGCCUCCAUACAGCGGCAAUUGUUGAACGGGGCCGGUGGUGCUGGUGCUGGUGUUGGUGUUGGUGUUGGUGGUGAAGGCGCAGAAGGUGGCGAACAGUGUCGACAGGAGUAUGGGAAUUUGAGCUAUUGGAAUCUCACCUGCGAUUCACCAUUGGAUUAUGCUCUACCGCUCUAUGGCUAUUGUAUGCCCUUCCUGCUGAUUUUAACCAUUGUAGCCAAUUCUUUGAUUGUCCUUGUGCUGAGCAAAAAGAGUAUGGCCACGCCCACUAAUUUCGUGUUAAUGGGCAUGGCAAUAUGCGAUAUGCUGACCGUUAUAUUUCCAGCCCCAGGACUUUGGUAUACCUACACAUUUGGCAAUCACUAUAAGCCACUGCAUCCAGUGUCCAUGUGUCUGGCCUAUAGUAUUUUCAAUGAGAUAAUGCCUGCUAUGUGUCACACCAUUUCCAUAUGGCUAACUCUGGCUUUAGCUGUACAAAGGUACAUUUACGUCUGUCAUGCACCUAUGGCACGCACCUGGUGCACAAUGCCACGAGUGAAACGCUGCACAUUCUUUAUAGCCCUCUUGGCAUUUCUACAUCAAUUGCCACGCUUCUUUGAUCGCACCUAUUUACCCAUGCAAAUCGAAUGGCAGGGCAACGAAACGGAAGUUUGCCAUCUGGAGACAUCAAUGUGGGUGCACGAGUACAUUGGCGUUGACCUAUACUACACCAGUUACUAUCUAUUUCGUGUGCUAUUCGUGCAUUUGCUGCCAUGCAUCAUCCUGGUGACACUCAACAUUCUGCUCUUUUCGGCCAUGCGUCAGGCCCAGGAGCGUCGCAAGUUACUAUUCCGUGAGAAUCGCAAGAAGGAAUGCAAAAAACUGCGUGAAUCUAAUUGCACCACCUUGAUGUUGAUAGUGGUUGUAACGGUAUUCCUAAUUGGCGAAAUACCCAUUGCCGUUGUCACGGCCCUGCAUAUUGUGAGCUCACUGAUUAUUGAGUUCCUUGACUAUGGCAUAGCCAAUAUAUUUAUAAUGCUAACCAAUUUCUUUUUGGUCGUAAGCUAUCCCAUUAAUUUUGGCAUCUAUUGCGGCAUGUCGCGACAAUUCCGGGAGACCUUUAAAGAGAUCUUCCUAGGCCGGGUCAUUGGCAAAAAGGAUAGCUCAUCGAAAUACUCAAUUGUCAAUGGACCACGCACAUGCACCAACACCAAUGAGACGGUCCUCUAGUAAUUGGUAAUGCUGGUGCCACGGCGCGGAAGCAGUGAUCAUCAUCGGAGCACCACCACAGUAAGGGCGGCCCUUGCGUCGACAGUGCUGGAUGAGAGAUCGACUCGUGGUGGUCAGCGCCAGCAGCAUCAGCAACACCAGCAACAUCAGCAGCAACAGCAACAGUUGCUUCCACAUGUCCAGCAACGACGUGUUAGCACCAUGGACAUCAUAACUGAAGAGCGAAAUGUUUAAAUUGAUACGAGGUGAAAUUGUUUUUUAGUUUUUCGUUUUGUUUUUCGAACGUCUUAAGAGAAAAC